GAGGGAGUGCGAGGCGCUGUGCGGAAGACUGACUAUCAUGGUGGAUGGUCAGUUGGUUUGCUUGGGGAACACACAAUAUUUGAAGAAAAAGUUUGGACAAGGCUACACAGUGCUGUUUGUGCUACAUACCGUACGAGAACUGCAGGAAAUGAUUCCAGCGCUUAAGGCUGAAAUGUACAAACUGUUCUCAAGAGUGAAAUUGAAAGAUCAACAUAAGAAAGCACUUCACUUCCACAUUAAAGAUGAGAACAUAAAACUUUCCCAGUUGUUUGGUACCAUGGAACAGUUGAAAAAAUCAUUUCCUGUAAUAGAAUCCUAUGCGCUUGGCAAUACAACUUUAGAACAAGUAUUCAUCUCUUUUGCUAAAACUCAUAUAAAGCCAGAAAUUAUAAUCUAAUUUAAUUUGGACAAAUAAAUUAUGUUCAUAUGU